GCGGCUGAGGCGGCUCCAGCAGCUGGUGCUGGACCCCGGCUUCCUGGGGCUGGAGCCCCUGCUCGACCUUCUCCUGGGCGUCCACCAGGAGCUGGGUGCCUCCGACCUGGCCCAGGACAAGUAUGUGGCCGACUUCUUGCAGUGGGUGGAGCCCAUCGCGGCGAGGCUUAAGGAGGCCCGGCUGCAGAGGGAGGACUUCGAGAUCCUGAAGGUGAUCGGACGCGGGGCGUUCAGCGAGGUCGCGGUCGUGAAGAUGAAGCAGACGGGCCAGGUGUACGCCAUGAAGAUCAUGAACAAGUGGGACAUGCUGAAGAGAGGCGAGGUGUCGUGCUUCCGCGAAGAGAGGGAUGUGCUGGUGAACGGGGACCGGCGCUGGAUCACGCAGCUGCACUUCGCCUUCCAGGACGAGAACUACCUGUACCUGGUCAUGGAGUACUACGUGGGCGGGGACCUGCUGACGCUGCUGAGCAAGUUUGGGGAGCGGAUCCCGGCCGAGAUGGCGCGCUUCUACCUGGCGGAGAUUGUCAUGGCCAUAGACUCGGUGCACCGGCUGGGCUAUGUGCACAGGGACAUCAAACCGCUGGUGGCUGUGGGCACCCCCGACUACUUGUCCCCCGAGAUCUUGCAGGCCGUGGGCGGCGGGCCGGGGCCGGGCAGCUACGGCCCCGAGUGUGACUGGUGGGCCCUGGGCGUGUUCGCCUAUGAAAUGUUCUACGGGCAGACGCCCUUCUACGCCGACUCCACGGCUGAGACCUACGGCAAGAUCGUGCACUACAAGCCCCAGAUACCUAGCAAGGGGCAAAAUUGGGCCGAGGAGGCCCGCGACCUCAUCCAGCGGCUGCUGUGUCCCCCGGAGACGCGGCUGGGCCGGAACGGAGCAGGCGAUUUCCAGAAGCAUCCUUUCUUCUUCGGCCUCGAUUGGGAUGGUCUCCGAGACAGCGUGCCUCCGUUUACUCCGGAUUUUGAGGGUGCCACCGACACGUGCAACUUCGAUGUGGUGGAAGAUGGGCUCACUGCCAUGGAGACGCUGUCAGACAUGCGGGAAGGCAUGCCGCUGGGUGUCCACCUGCCUUUUGUGGGCUACUCCUACUCCUGCAUGGCCCUCAGGGACGAUGAGGUCCAGGGCCCCAUGCCCAUGGAACUGGAGGCCGAGCCGUUGCCUGAGCCACCUGUGCAAGUGCCCAGCCUGGAGCCCAGGGUGCCCCCACUGGAGGAAAAGGCUGAAGUGGCAGUUCCAGUGGCAAUCCCAGCGGAUGUGGCAGAGGCCGAGGUGACCUUGCAGGAGCUCCAGGAGGCCCUGGAGGAAGAGAUGCUUACGCGGGAGAGCCUGAGCAGGGAGCUGGAGGCCAUCCGCACGGCCAACCAGAACUUCGCCAGUCAACUCCGCGAGGCUGAUGCCAGGAACCGAGACCUGGAGGCGCACAUCCAGCAGCUGCAAGAGCGGAUGGAGGGGCUGCAGGCGCAGGCGCAGGGAGCGGCCGCUGUCACGGGGGUCCCCAGUCCCCGGGCCACGGAUCCACCUUCCCAUCUAGAUGGCCCCCCGGCCGUGGCUCUGGGCCAGUGCCCGCUGGUGGGGCCAGGCCCCAUGCACCGCCGCCACCUGCUGCUCCCUGCCAGGGUCCCUAAGCCUGGCCUAUCGGAGGCGCGUCCCCUGUUCCUGUUCGCCGCUGCUCUGGCUGGUACCGCCGCCCUGGGCUGCACUGGGUUUGCGCCGCCCAGGAGCCGUCUUCGUCCCCUGAACUUUAGAGCCCCGGCCCGUCCUCCACUCGGGCCCCGCUGGAGGGUUGGGUGACGCGCACUCGGCCCAGAAGCCACUCACAUCGCCUCCGG